GGGGCUGUGAGUACUUGUUAAUGAACUAUGCACCUGAAAACAUACUAUUUUAUUGAAUUUAAGGUCAACUACUUAACAAAUCAAAUGUCGUUCUUAUUGACAACAAUAUGUGUCAUCUUAGUUGUGAAAAUGUUGUGGACUCACGAGGAGCAGCCGAGUGAGUCCACCCAAAUGUUGAUCAUGAAUUUUGUCAUAACAAUCAAAGUAGCUGUGGAUUCAUGAGGCGAUAGCCAAGUAGAUACACAAAUAAGACAGGACAGACAGAUGAGAAACUGAUGGCAAUUUGUUUUUACAAGAAAAAAGGCAUAAAUUUUAAAUUCAUGUGUCUGUCCACUUAUUAACGAUAAAAAUUAGCCAGUGAACACGCAAUGAUUUCACAGUUAUUGUAAAAAUGCUUAUUAUGAGGUCAAUUCUCGUCUUGGACAGUAGAUGAAAUUUAUGACCAAGUUAAUGCAACAGACUGUCAUCCAUUAUUGAUGGUUAUUGAGGGCCUCUCACUCUCCCAGGGUUUUAGGAAGCAAGGGAACAUAAUCAUUAAGUUCAAUGGAAUAAAUCUGGGUAUAGUUUGGAUUAAUUUGAGGGACCAAGGGACAUCUUUACUACCUAUGAGAACUUUGAUGAAACAUUUUUAGGGAACAAAGGAGCUAAUGAAUCCCAGGUAACUUGUAUCCCUUCUUGAAAGGUCCUCUUUAUUAAAAGCCUGCUUCUCAAACUAAAGUACCGUCCUCUGCUAGCAGUGUCACUUAGAUCAAUUCUAGAUAGCAUUUCAAGGCAAUCUUUCAUUUUCUACUUUGUUUUUAUUGGUCCUUCAAGCAUGGAAAAAGCCUAAAAAAGAGAAAGGUAGUGUCUCUCAAAGUUACUUGUGCAUUAUCAUCCUACAGGUUCUUUAUGUUGCCGUUGAUGGCAUUCGUAUUUAUAGGUUGACAUCAGGGCUAUUACUGUCGCUUGCAUCUAAGCGUGAACAUGUGACGCCAGAACAUACUCUAAUUGGUUGUAAAACGUGGCAUGAUUGGUCAUCAAACAUUUGAGCAUGUUUUGGCAUCAUGUGUUCACGCUUAGAUGCAAGCGAUGGUACAUAUUGUCACUGUGUGUUUCAGUAGUUGAAUUCAUGUCCAGUAAGUGGACAGCCUUGGACAAGAAAGCGUGCACUUUUGAGAGCUAUCCACAUAUGGUUGGUCAAACAUGUAGUGUUUGAAUGUGGCUGGAACCAUGAGUAUCCAAUAGCAUAGGUCUGGCACUAGUUCUUACUUUCCCUUGUAUUUUUUUUUUUAGGUGUUAAUGAUAAUAGUUGAAUCACAAUGGGAGAUGAAAGCCCCACCAUCAUUUGUUCUUCUUUACAAAAUCUGAGUGAUCCACAAAAUGGCAUGGAUAUGGAAGUCAUAUCUCAAAAAUCUUCAUGCAUCACCCUUGAAGAAAUUGCACCAGAGAAUAAUACCAUAUCUGAUGGAACACAAAACAAACGUGCACAUCAAAGGCAUUGGAUUAUGAAGUUAGCAAGACAAGAAAGGCUUUCAGGAGCAGUUACUGGUAAGAAGAAUGUAAGACGAUAUUACAAGCAACUAGAAGAGACCAAAGCCACUUUUGAACAAGUAAACGUGCAGGACUUCGGCAGAACACCAAAAUCUAGCUCACAAGAUGGUAAAGAGUCACAGGUAUCCAUUGCUGUCAAGAUGAGCAUGUUAUGCAACAUUGGGCUGCUUAUUGCUAAAGCAGUUGCCUCUUAUCUGUCUGGGUCGAUGUCAAUCAUUUCCAGCUUAGUAGACAGUAUAAUUGAUUUGGUCUCUGGUAUAGUUUUGUGGUUUACAACGCGUUCCAUUAAAGGUACCAAUUACUAUGACUACCCUGAAGGAAAAACUCGCUUGGAGCCUAUAAGCAUUAUAGUGUUAGCAGUCAUUAUGGCAGUGGCUUCAGUACAAAUGAUAAUCACAUCUGUAACAAAGAUAAUUGAACAGUCUGCUGAACCUGAUAUUUCAAUUCCCACUAUUGCCAUUAUUGCCGCAACUAUCUUGAUUAAAAUGAUUUUGUUUGUGUACUGUCGGCAAGUGAAGAAACCUUCCACUGAUGCGUUAGCUCAAGACCACAGAAAUGAUGUUUUAUCCAACUUCUUUGCUCUUGGGUUUGGUUAUGUUGGUUACAAAGUAUGGAGUAAUGCAGACCCAUUAGGUGCCAUUUUAAUUAGUUUGUACAUAGUUGUAGUCUGGUAUAAGACAGCCAGAGAGCAAAUUCGUGGCUUAACAGGACACACUGCAUGCCCAGUCAUGUUACAGAAGCUUCUGUGGGUUUGUAUGAAUCAUGACAGCAGAAUUCAGUUUAUUGACACGUUAAGAGCGUAUCAUUUCGGCUGUAAUAUCCUUGUAGAGGCCCAUAUUGUUUUGCCACCACAUAUGAAUCUCAGAGAUGCUCAUGAUAUUGGUGAAUCACUUCAAAACAAAUUGGAGAGUUUUUCUGAUGUUGAAAGGGCAUUUGUCCAUAUUGACUAUGAUUAUGAACAUCACCCAAGUAUGGAACACAAGAUGGGACAGUCUCCAGGUGCAAAUACCACUGAACUAGAAGUUUUCUAGAACAAACCUGUGAGUCAAGCUGUGUAAAUGUAGGGCGUAGUCAUGUGGCAGUAGUCAUGUGGGCCCACUUGGACCCACUUUGAGAGAGUCACCAAAUGAUGUUAUCAUGUCAUAAGAUGAUUGACGGGUCCACUUUAGGUGCUAUUAUAUCAUCAAAGUAAGAGACCCAUAUAUGCCGUAGUCGCUUAAAUAAGAGGAUUUCGUGGUCAACUGCGUCAAAGACAUUUUUUUUUAAUCCAAGAAAACAACGGCAUUGCUUUAACCGCUGUGAGUGUCGUACGUCUAAGUGUCUGUGGCCUCAAGGAGAUACGAUAUGAUACCAUACUUUAUUUAACGUGGGGUUUACGCUUAGCCAGUAAGCUAGUUUACAGGUAAUCCACGGCCCUAGGAUAUUCUAAAAAUUAAAACUAGUUGAGUGAAUAGCACGAAACCAAAUUGACAUUUACAGAUGAUGUCGUGCUCUUCUGGGUAGGCAUAUAAUUGAUCAUAAACGAUCCUUGGCCACAACUGAGUUCACCGAAAUUGGACGAUAGUUGUUUAGUUCGUCCCGAUUGGCUUGUUUAAAAAGUGGGGUAACCUUGUGCAUUUCCAAUUAUUCGGAAAUAUACUUUGACUUAUUGACUUGCUAACAAUAGCACAGAUAGGGAUAGAAUGAAUGCAAAUGGAAAGAGCACCUCAUGAUUAGUGAUGUGACCAAUCUUGCAUAGAAGUGAAGGGAGCGUUGAUUAAAGAACAGUGACAUUUAUAAUUUUGCAAACCACAGUGAUCGUCACAGAGCUCGUGACGUUACGUAAAAACGUCACGAACAAACAGCGCAAAAUUUCGAGCUAAAAUUUUCAGUCUGGCUCGAAUAAAACAGUUGAAAAACCGUUCAAAAAAAAAAAUGGUGUAAAACCCAACUUACCACAACGGCUAAUUUUGUUAUUCCCUUACACAUUUCAAAGCCUCUUUACAACCAGUUCAUCAUAACAU